AUGUCUGAUGAUGAGAAGGGCUUCGCCGCCGACGGCCGGAGUCUCAGCGCCUAUCCCGAUUCACGAAGAGCUGAAGUCUUUAUUGUCGCAGACGUUGAUAUAGUCCUAGCGAAGACGAUCGCAGCCGUGGACAAUGCCAUCGAUCAAAUUGGGUUAACGAGCUUUCACUGGAAGCUCUUCUAUUUGAACGGCUUUGGGUAUACUAUUGAUUCUGUGAGUACACCUGUGGAAGAAUUCUUCGUAUUCUCGAGCGGGUGGUCAUGGAAUUUAGCAUUCGAUCCAUUCCAGCCUGCUCUCUUCAAAGACGCUAAUACUGGCGAGCAGCAGCAGGCAAAUUAUGAUGAUCUGGAACCCAUCGAGGAUCCCUUUUUCACCUGGGAUCGAUCGCUCAUCUAUCCCCCUUUCUUCCUGGUCAGCAACUUGAUCAACAAAGAAGCAGUCCCUUACAUGCACAAGAACCUUUUCCAGUUCUUUGAAAGCAGGGACGCUGUGCGACAGAUACCCCCUCCGAUAGAUGCGACAUCAAACGUGCAGCUGUCAAGAUCGUCAUCGUUCCUCCACGUUAUCCAGAAGACGUCUCGUGUGAACCCUCAGAGGAUGUCGCCGAUUUCUCUUCACUCCCUCGCCAUGUCAUGGAAAUCUCAAAUCUGCUCCCAGCUGUGA